AUGGACUACUAUGAACUACUAUGGACUACUAUGGAUUACCAUGGACUACUAUGGACUACUUUGGACUAUUAUGGACUACCAUGGACUACUAUGGACUACUAUGGACUACUAUGGACUACUAUGGACUACCAUGGACUACUAUGGACUACUAUGGACUACUAUGGACUACUAUGGACUACUAAGGACUACUUUGGACUACUAUGGACUGCUAUGGACUACUAUGGACUACUAUGGACUACUAUGGACUACUAUGGACUACUAUGGACUACUAUGGACUACUAUGGACUACUAGGGACUACUAUGAACUACUGUGGACUACUAUGGACUACUAUGACCUACUAUGGAUUAAUAUGGACUUCUAUCGACUACUAUGAACUGCUAUGUACAACUAUCAACUACUAUGGACUACAAGGGACUACUAUGGACUACUAUGGACUACUAUGGACUACUAUGGACUACUAUGGACUACUAUGGACUACUAUGGACUACUAUGAACUACUAUGA